UAAAGAGAUCAAGAAGAGGACGAAGAAGAAGGAUUCAUGGAAACAGAGCCUUCAAGUCAAGCGAUCCUCCAACCUUCCCUUCGCCUCAAGAAACCACCGCAGAUUCUUAAUCCAACUCAACCUCUCCCCUGAUCGACUCCACCUCGAUCGGCAAUGGUUCUCGAUCACACGCUCCUCGCCGGAAUCAACUUCCUCGCCGUCCUCCUCGCCGUCCCCGUCAUCGUCGUCGGCGCCUGGCUCUCCGGCCAGACCCCCGACUCCUGCGUCCAGCUCCUUCAGUGGCCCGUCCUCGUCCUCGGCAUCGCCCUCCUCGCGGUCGCCCUCGCCGGCUUCGUCGGCACCUUCUGGCGCAUCCCGCGCCUCCUCCUUUUCCACCUCGCCGCCAUGCUCCUCCUCGUCCUCGCACUCGCGGGGCUCGUGAUCUUCAUCUACGCCGUCACCGCCAACGGCUCGGCCCAUCCGGCUACCAACAGGGCCUAUUCGGAGUACGAGCUGGAGGACUACUCCGGCUGGCUCCGGCGGAGAGUGGAGGGGCGACACAGGUGGGAGCGCAUCCGCCGGUGCUUGAGCUCCACCAGCGCGUGCGCAGACUUGAACCAGACGUAUCGGUCGGCCGAGGAUUUCUUCGCCGCCAGGCUCACGCCCCUGCAGUCCGGGUGCUGCAAGCCGCCGACGGCGUGCGGAUACACGUUCGUGAACCCGACUUACUGGAUCAGCCCCAUCAGCGCGCUCGCCGGCGCCGACUGCACCCUGUGGAGCAACGACCAGACGGUGCUCUGCUACGGCUGUUCGUCCUGCAAGGCAGGGCUGCUGGCCGACCUGCGCCGGGAGUGGAGGAAGGCGGACGUGGUUCUGGUGAUCACGCUCGUCGCGCUCGUCUUCGUCUACGCCAUGGCCUGCUUCGCUUACCGCAGCGCGAAGACCGAUCAGCUUUUCCAGAGGUACAAGCAAGGCGACGCCGGCGGCCGCCAAAUGCAUUGACUCUGAAGAGAAGUAUAUAUAUAUCUAAUUUUAUAUUUUAAUAAAAUUAAUAUAUUUUUGCAUUUUAAAAAUAUUAAAUUUGGAUUGUUAAGCGUGUGGUCUAAAUUGCAAGAUAUUAACAAGGCGGAGGGAUGGAGGUUAUAUUCUUUGAUAUUGUGGUGUUAAAUAUUAAACUUGUAUGGUGACAAAAAAUGAGCAUGUUCGUCCCUAAUGUCUCUGUCAAUCCGUCCCAGAGUUAAUAUG